AUGAGUGAAACUCCUCUUAGUUUUUCCAUGAUUCAUCCCACUUCUUCUGAAGGUCAAGUGUCUUCCCAGCGCCAUUUGAGCCUCACUCAUCCUGUUGUGGCCAAACGGAUCAGCUUUUACAAGAGCGGAGACCAGCAAUUUGGCGGGGUUAGGGUGGUAAUCAAUCCUCGUUCGUGUAAGUCAUUUGAUGCUCUGCUGGAUAACUUGUCAAGGAAGGUGCCUCUACCUUUCGGGGUAAGGAAUAUCAGCACCCCUCGGGGAAGGCACAUCAUCACAAGCCUGGAAGAGCUGGAAGAUGGAGAAUCAUACUUGUGCUCCCACGGCAAGAAGAUUCAGCCGUUGGAUUUGGAAAAGGUUCGCAGGCGUCCACCGCCUUGGCUCAGCAGUCGGGCCAUCACUGCGCAUGCUCACCGCUCCCAGGCUGCUGCUGCCAUGGCAGCUCCCGGCAUGCUGCGCGCUGCGAGGAGGCUUGUGGUCUUCCGGAAUGGAGACCCCAAGACUAGGCGUGUGGUCCUUCUCAGCAGGAGGGUCACCCAGACUUUUGAGGCUUUUCUGCAGCACCUGACAGAAGUCCUGCAGUGCCCCGUGAAUAAACUGUACACCACAGAUGGAAGAAAGGUUCCUAGUCUCCAGGCAGUGAUCCUGAGCUCUGGAGCUGUGGUAGCAGCAGGAAGGGAACCAUUUAAACCAGGGAAUUAUGACAUCCAAAAGUACUUGCUUCCUGCUAGAUUACCAGGGAUCUCUCAUCGUGUGUGCCCCAAAGGAAUUGCUAGAUCAGAAAACAUAAAGAAUGGUAACUGGAAAGUUUCCAUAACCACCAGUGAUUUGCCAAAUGCAGGGACGACAUCGCAGAUUUAUAUUAUACUAUAUGGACAACGUAGAAGUUCGGCUCCCAUCUAUCUUUAUGGAACAGGUGGAGCACAAUUUCAGGAUGACAGUGAAAACAUUUUUACUAUCACAGUUGGAGACAUUGGUACCCUCUUUAAGAUUCGUGUUGGUCAUACCAACUCUGGACUCUCCCCUUCCUGGCACUGUAAAGAGAUACAAUUGUGGAAUAGGAAUUCUGGAAAACAUUUUUAUAUACCUGUUCAACGAUGGUUGGCACAAGAUCAAGAAGAUGGGGCAAUCUGUCGAGAAUUUCCUAUCUUAAGCCAAGGAGAACCUGUCUUUCCAGUAACAGUAUAUGAAGUACAUGUGGCAACAGGUGAUGUUUGGAAUGCUGGAACUGUAGCAAAUAUCUACAUUUCUAUCUGUGGGGAGAAGGGAGAUACUGGAUCCAGACAACUAUUUAGAUCCAAGAGCUCCUUCAACUUUUUAAGAGGGCAAACUGACACCUUCUCUCUGGAAGCUGUGCACCUUGGAGAUUUAUGUCAUCUUGUCAUAGGCCAUGAUGGGCUUGGUCCAGGAAAUGGCUGGUUUCUUGAUGAUGUUGUAGUUAAGGAUCCUACAACAAACCAUGAAUAUACCUUCUUAUGCCACAGAUGGCUGGAUCAAGGGGAAGAUGAUGGUAAAAUUGUCAGAAAACUGUAUGCUAGUAAUAACAGCAUCAUCUCUGCAAGGGAAAAGCUGGAACUUAAAAGAAAAGAAACAUGGGCUGCAGAAAGCUGGAAGUUUAGGAAAGGAAAUACUCUUCAAUUCUACAACAAGCUUACUGGAGGGUUUGUCCGUUUGCAUCCAGAUGGUUCAGUUGAUGCAGUUGGAGAGAAGACAGAUAAAUAUGGUCUCUUUGAUGUUAUUUUCAAAGACGGAAAUAUAUGCAUUUUCCAAAGUCAUGAAAUGAGGCAUCUUUCUCUUGCUUUUGACAGUGGCACUGUUACUGGAAUGGUGAGUGGUAGUGCUUCCACUGAGCUGCGGGUGCUUUUGCAGCCCAAUCGCUGUGCACUUCUUGAGUCAGCACUGGUUCCUGGCCACACAGUUAUUUUUGAUCGUUAUGGCAAAAUAGCUAAUGAAUCAGCAGAUUAUGCAGACCUUUCAAAAGAAUUUGUGGUUUUUGUCAAGGGUGUGUUCCUCAACAGUGCUAUUCUUCUACUUGCUACGAGCCUAUGCCAGGCCUUGUGUCUCCAGCCUGAUGGGAGCUGCACUGGAGUGGGAAACCAAUCUGAAAAAUCCUACUGGAAAGUGCAUAAAAUCAGUUCUGGCAUUUGCAUGUUUGAAAGUGUGAAAAAUGCACAGAUGUAUCUGAGGAUUAAGGAUGGCCAGUGUGAUGGAACAGGUACAGGAGAUAUUGACUGUCAUUUUAAAAUUAAGAAAAACUUGGAAAAUGCAUCAGUAAGCCUGGAAUCCACAAAGAACCCAGGAUUGUUUGUUGGACUUCAGUCAGAUGGACAGGUGAAGCCAGUUAUUUAUACCAAGAAUGGGAAUGUUUUCUUCUUUCCACAAGUCAUCAAAUUUGGCAGGGAAAACCCAAUGGGUAUGUCUGCACCAACUAACCAAGAGGAGGAAAAAAUCAUUGAUUCAAAAACCCAUCAAGAAGCAAGGCCAAACUCUGAGGGUCCCUUAGUUUCUUCAGCUACAAGAGAAAUCAGACUUUCCCAAAGUAGUGAGACAGUUAUGUCAGAAGAUGAAUGGAAGGUAUUAGUGCUGACAGGAAACACAGGUACUCAAGCCAAUGUCACACUCUGGGUAUAUGGAGAUGAAGGAGUAACUGGACCUAUAAGUCUUAGCAAGGACAAUCCAAAACAGCUCUUCCUUCCAAGACAGGAGGAUGAAUUUCAGGUUGAAAUAAGAAACGUUGGAAAGAUAUAUAAGAUAAGGAUAGGACAUGAUGGAACUAGCAAGCAACCUGAGUGGAGCUUACAGAGGGUGACCAUGCAACAUGUGAAGAGCAAGAAGACCUUAGAUUUUGCAGCAAAUGUGUGGUUAUCUCUAACCCAAGCAGAUGCGGAUAUUGUCUGUGAGCUUCCUGUAGUAAAAGGAGGACAAGCUAUUUUUCCAUUAGUGAGAUACCACGUUGAUGUUCAUACUGGGCAACUAGAACAAGCAGCAACUGAGUCUCUAGUAUCCCUCUGUCUCUAUGGAGAGAGGGGCGAUUCUGGUCUUAGACUCCUAUACAAAUCUAAUAUGCCAGUAAAAUUUCAAAGAGGACAGAUUGAUACAUUUCAAAUAGAAGCAGUGUCGCUUGGAAAACUGCAGAAGGUGCUGUUGCACUGUGAGGCCAGUGACAAAUCACAGUACUGGUACUGCGAAAAAGUCGUUGUCAGAGAACCUGCCACAGCAUCUGAGUCUGUCUUCACCUGUGAAAGAUGGCUUCCCUUUAUGUCCCUGGGCAUAAUUCAUUCAGAAAUUGAACUUUAUCUUCAAGGUGAGGAUUAA